AUGUCGCGUCGGAAGAAUACAAACAUCUUCCAAGUUAGUUUCCUGGAUGAUCUCGACCGGUUAGGUGCUAGAGACUACCAGCCCACCGAACAAGAUAUUUUAAGAACCAGAGUCAAAACCACCGGCAUUGUCGAAGUGCACUUCUCCUUCAAAAACCUUAAUUUCAAAUUGUUCGACGUGGGCGGCCAGCGGUCGGAGAGGAAGAAAUGGAUCCAUUGCUUCGAGGACGUGACCGCGAUCAUCUUCUGCGUCGCCAUGUCCGAGUACGACCAGGUGUUGCAUGAGGACGAGACUACGAACCGCAUGCAAGAGAGUCUGAAGCUGUUCGACUCCAUCUGCAACAACAAGUGGUUCACGGACACCAGCAUCAUCCUGUUCCUCAACAAGAAGGAUCUGUUCGAGGAGAAGAUACGCAAGUCCCCGCUCACCAUCUGCUUCCCAGAGUACACGGGUGCGCAAGAAUACGGCGAGGCGGCCGCCUAUAUCCAAGCUCAGUUCGAGGCGAAGAACAAGUCCACCACCAAGGAGAUAUACUGCCACAUGACGUGCGCCACCGACACGAACAACAUACAGUUCGUGUUCGACGCCGUCACCGACGUCAUCAUCGCCAACAACCUGCGCGGCUGCGGCCUCUAC